AUAAUGAUUUUUACAUGGCAAACAGAAAGCAAAAGAGAAGUUAUCUUUCGUYUUGGAAUUUCCGACAUAGUUGGUGUUGUAUGAUCGUUAUAGUAGUCUGGUAUUAUGACGUUUUUACAUAAAUAGUUCAAUUGAGAAAAGUGACUGAUCCAGAGUAUUUAUGAAUUAUGUCUGUAAUGAUUGGGAUUAUGUCAGGAACCUGUCACACCUGCUCCCGCUCUCCCUCUCUGGCGCCAGACUGCCUACAUUACGCACACCUGUCACCAUCAUUACGCACAGCUGUGUAAUUUUGGACUCACCUGUACUCCAUUACUUAGUUGAUUACCCCCUCUAUAUUGGUCUGCUCCUCACUUUAUUCCCUUUGUCAGUAUUCAUGUCGUUAUGUUUUCUUGUCCAGACGCUGUUCCGUUCCAUGUCCGAUAAUUAUUAAAUGUUAACUCCCUGUACCUGCUUCUCAUCUCUACCAACGUCGAUCCUUACAAAACCGGACAAUGGAAUUCUUUCAGCUGUGUCUGUGUCCUCCCUGUGAGAUGACCUUAAUGACUGAGACCUUAAUGAGGUUUCUUUAAAUCCUAAUGAAUCACUUCACAAUCAAGCACAAUAAUUGGACACUUUAGAGUCCAUCAGUUAAGUGAGACUUGUUUCCAAGCCAGAAGAAUGUAGAUGUCAGAGUUACGUUACACUUGUGUGUCAAGGGCUCGAUUAACCAAUCACGAUGCUGUCAGCUGAUAAACUCUUAAUUUAUGGGGUAUUUAAAAGGUCAGGGUGAUGUCAAGGCAGAAACACAAACUCUACAAGGUAAGCCAAUGGAUAUAUCAAUGCUAAUGUGGUUGGUAUUAGGUGUGGAUGUUGAUAUUCUGUUUAUUUCUGUGUACUAAUAUGUACAGCAGGUACAUAUGAUUCAGUGCUUACAUAGUAAAUGGUUCUAACUAAAUAUCUGUAGAAAUCUGUGCUGCUGUCCUAUCUUAUCUAACCCACUUAGUGCUAUUUCAGGGUAAAAUAAUAUUUUUGUGUGGGAAGAAGGAAUGGUGUUAUGAUGUGAAUCUUCUUUGUUGCCCCACACAGUUAAUUUUGUAUUAUUCUUGAAUAGGGCCCUAAGAAUCAGGGCUUGCAAAUAUCUGGAUGGUUUGCAAUUCAUGAUGCAUUGACUCUUUUUKCUUUUGUGAUUUAUUUCACAACUACUUUAUCUUUCCAACAACCUAUAGAUGAGAUUAUCUUKGUUCCUUCUCUGUGCCUCUCAGCCGAUGAUCACUUUUUUCUCACUGGCUCUGCUGGUUCCCAUCCCAGGGGCACACGGGCACCCCCACUUCCCCCUUGCCAUCUUGCCCACAUUGGAGAACCCUGAGUGGGAGGCUGACUUACUCCAGCUCCAGGCCUCCCUCGAUGUCCCAGGGGCUGUAGCUGCGGCGGGCCUCCGCUCUUGGGGACCGCUGCUGGAGCUGGGACCAGAGGACCCACGUCUGGGCCUGCUCAGGGAGCUGGUGGCAGAGAAUGGCUGGGGACAGAAGGGCAUGAUGAGGGYGGAUCUGGAGAGGAGGUCGCUGGGUCCCUUCCCCGGCCACCCUAUGGAAACUCUGCACUACCAAGAGGGGGAAGAGGAAGGCGAGGGGGGAAGAAAGAGGAAUGAGGCUAUCACGUCCAUCAUCGGCGGGCUGCAGGCUUUCAAUAAAGAGAAAGGAGGCUUCGGGUUCCGGAAGGAAGUAACAAAGGAGGGAGGGGUCGGGAAAAAGAGGAGGCSCUCGAACUUCUGGAGUGUGGGGAACUUGGAAAAGGGUAAGGUAGAGGGCUGGAGGAUGAAGAUGAUGAAGGGAGGGAUGAGUUGACAGUAGAGAUGUACUGAUUGACACCUAUGUCAGAGCAAUCAAUCAUUACGUUAUGAUGAGAUGUGUAUCAUCAGAGAAAAAGAGAAAGUUUACCAAGUGGUCAGAAAAUGUCUGUUAAUGUAAAAUACAAAGUCUCAUAAUUGUUACAUAAUACAAUGAUUGAGGUUAUGUGAAUGUUUAUUUUAUGUUGUCCAUGAUUUAAGCUAUCCAUUCCAACCUACAAUGAAAAAUCACAGUAUUUUGAUAGCGUUUUUAUAUUUUAUUUAAAAUUAAUUGCAUUACAAUAACAAAUGAACAUAGGAUAUCACUACAAGUAUAUUUUCUCAUAAGAAACAUACAAUAACAUUAAAGUAAAGCAAAUAAAUAAAAAUCACUUCACAUGAAUUGUUAGUGACAACAGUUUCAAAAGUGUAAGCACCUCAAAUAAAAUAACGAUAAGGGGUUUCAUUUGUUUUUUGUUAUUGACUCAUAGAGAUUUAAUUAAAUAUUUGAUUUCAAGUAAAAAUAUGUUAGAAUAUUUUCAUAGCCGUGGCUAUAUUUUUCUUCAGUAUGACGCCACAGGCUACAGCCACGGAAACGUCCCACGCUCUAUUUUACCUGACAACAGCUAGGUUUAUUUCAGCCCUCAAAUUAUUGGAUAGAAAUACUCUUCAAACUCCUAGGAAAUACACCAUAUUCAAAGGACAGUCGUGAAGGAGCUUUCCAUCGACAUAUUAUUUUUAAAAUAGGGAUAUAUCUUUAAAAAACGUCUGUAGUGUAAUUAGCUAGAUGUAUAGACCUAAUUUGAUGCUUUUUGUUGUAUAUUUUUCACUAGAACGUAUUUGCCAGAGCCAAAGCGGUAAAUGGUGUACUCGAAUAUCAAAGCGAAAGUGAAAAUGUACAGCCAGGCGUGGUAAAGAAUAAUACAAAUAUAUACUUUUAAAAUCGCUUACCAUAUAAACUGCUGCGGUGUACUAUCAUAAUAGUCUACUUGUUGUAAUUGCAUUAUAGCAUUUGUAGUCUACUUUUAUGCGCGUUCCUUCAUACAUUGUGUCGACGACUGGAAAGCUAUUGCGCACUUACAUGCCAGGCACGGUGCAAUAACACACAUUUGUAAGGAAACCGAUCAAAUACAUCAAUUAGCGUUUGUACUUUGCUUAGAAUAGCCAGACAUAACAUGAUCUACUUUUUUUUUUAAAUCACAAAGUUAAAGAUGUGCAAAGAAGAUUUAUGUUUGUAAUGUGUUUGCAAUUUUACAGUAGCCUAUAUACUGAUAUUGACUAUUGCAAUUUUACACACAUUUGUUUUGCAGCAGCUACUCUUCCUGUAGUCCACAAUAAAACAAAACAAUUUCA